AUGCUUCUUCCCCCAUUCUACGACGCGCUCAACGUCUCUCAGCUCGGCGACUUUCUCGAGCGGCUUCGCGAACGAAGCGGGUUGCCAUUGAUGUACUACCACAACCCUGCCGCCAGUGGCACGAUACUCACACCUGGACAAAUUUCCACCCUCACCGAGCGCGGCGUGCAGUACGUCAAGUACACCGCAGACGAUGCAGUUGGAUUGAGUGAGAUGCUUUGGGACCAUGGCGCAACCAUCACCACUUUCGUGGGUAAUGACACGCUCAUGUUCUAUGGUCUGGCUGCUGGAGCCCAGGGCAUCGUCUGGGGCCUGGCAAACGUGAUUCCAGAGCUCGCUAUGGAAUUUUGGAAUGUAGUUGCUGUUCAAAGGGACUUCGAGUGUGCUCGCGAAAUGUGGACAAAGAUUCGACCGCUCUGCGAGCUGUUCGAGUCGAGCAAUUACGCCGCGGCUGUGAAGACGGGUAUGCAGUUGAUUGGAACAUCAGCUGGGCCAAUGCGCACACCUUUCUCGCUGCUUGAGGGGAAUGAUCGGGCGGAACUGGAAAGACUACUCCUCGAUGCUGGUGUCAAGAAGGCGUACGCGAGUGGCGACACCAAAGGUACGCGCGAAUUAGAUCGGGGAGUUUCAAGGUCCCGACCAUGCUAG